GGGGCCGGAGUGUUGGCUGGGAGUGGGGGGCGUGGCCCUGGGCGUGGCUCGAAAGUUCUUGGCUGGGCCUGGGCCUGGGCCACUGUGUUACCUGGUCCGGGCGGCUGCCGCUUUUCUCUGGAAGGCCGGCGUUGUGGACGGCUAGUGCUCACCGCCGAAGUCGGGUUUGCCCAGGAGGUCCCGCAGUGGGUGCCGCAUCUGGUUUCAGACCCUCGAUCGGGCGAGGAACUCCUUAGCGCUUAUCUCAGAUUCAGCGGUGGUGUUUUGUUGGGGCUCUGGCCCCAUCCAGCCAACAGAAUGGCAGCCACGCUGGAUCUAAAAUCUAAGGAGGAGAAGGAUGCGGAGCUGGACAAGAGGAUCGAGGCUCUUCGUCGGAAGAACGAGGCCCUCAUCCGGCGCUACCAGGAGAUUGAGGAGGACCGCAAAAAGGCUGAGCUUGAGGGAGUAGCAGUGACAGCUCCCCGGAAAGGCCGCCGCUCAGUAGAAAAGGAGAAUGUGGCAGCUGAGGUGGAAAAGAACCUGGGUCCCUCCCGGAGGUCUCCUGGGAACCCCCAGCCACCAGGACCUAGCAAGGGAGGCCGGCCAUUACCCCAGCAAGGAACCCGGGCAGGCCCAGGCCGAUCCUCCCGCAGCUGGGAGGAGAGUCCAGGGGAACACUCUCGAGGAACUGGGGGCCGUGGCCGGAGGGGCCGAGGCAGGGGGUCCCCUCAUCUUUCUGGAGCUGGAGAUGCAUCCACUAAUGACCGAAGGUCCAAGGAGUGGGAGGAGCGGCGUCGGCAGAACAUCGAGAAGAUGAACGAGGAGAUGGAGAAGAUCGCGGAGUAUGAGCGCAACCAGCGGGAAGGUGUGCUGGAGCCCAACCCAGUGCGCAACUUCCUGGAUGACCCCCGGCGGCGCGGAGGGCCCCUGGAGGAGCCUGAGCGGGACCGCAGGGAGGGCAGUCGGCGGCACGGGCGCAACUGGGGCGGCUCCGACUUUGAACGUGUGCGCUCUGGCCUCGAGCAGGAGCGGCAGGGUCGCCGGGCUGGCCCGGGUGGUGCAGGUGACAUGACCCUCUCCAUGACGGGCCGGGAACGCUCGGAGUACCUGCGCUGGAAGCAGGAGCGGGAGAAGAUUGACCAGGAGCGGCUGCAAAGGCACCGCAAGCCCACAGGCCAGUGGCGGCGGGAGUGGGAUGCAGAGAAGACUGAUGGCAUGUUCAAGGACGGCCCAGCCCCUGCCGUUGAACCAUCCCACCGCUACGAUGACCAGGCCUGGGCCCGGCCCCCCAAGCCCCCCACUUUUGGGGAGUUCCUGUCCAAGCACAAAGCUGAGGUCAGCCGCAGGAGGAGGAGGAACAGCCGACCCCAGGCCAAGGCAGCCCCCCGUGUCUACAGUGACCACGAUGAUCGCUGGGAGACAGAGGAGGCAGCAUCCCCAGUCCCUGAGACCCCACAGCCCACUGCUCCCGAGGAGACACCCACACAGCCGCCCAAGACCUCAGCCCCUGCCCACCGGCCUCCUGAAGAUGAGGGAGAGGAAGAGGAAGAGGUGGAGGAUCUGGCAGAGGGGGAGGAGGAUGGAGAAGAAGACGAUGAGGAAUGGGAAGAUGUGAGUGAAGAUGAGGAAGAGCUGGAGGAGGAGGAAGAGGAGGAGGGACAAUCAGCCCAAGACCAGCCACCUCAAGAGGCCGAGCCCACCAGUGGCCCCGGCAAUGAGCAGUCCCACCCAGCGACUCAGGGGCCUGAGGAGUUGGGGUCCAAGGAGUCGGAGCCACUCCCCCAGGACUCGGCUGCACCUUCCAGCCCCUUCUCCACUGAGGGGGGCCACCAGCCUGUGCCUGACUGGGGUGAAGAGAUGGAGCAGAAUUCCCCCCGGACCGCCCACCCGGCUGACGCCCUCUCGGGAGGUGAUCAGCCAGCCCCUGCUCCCCUGGAGAGUGGGCACAGCCUCCGAGGAACCCAGAAAGCUGAAGAGGAUGGGUCUGAAGCAGCUCCAGAGGCAGGCCCGGAGGGCCAGGAGACAGCGGAGAUCACCGACUUCCAGAGGGUGCGUUUCUGCAAGGUGGUGGCGGCCGCUCCGCCCCCGGGGGCCGCCCGCUGACUGGCCUCUGCCUGCACUAACCUCCUGGCUCUCGCCCCACUGCUGCUUCCGCCUCACCGGGCUGCCAGGCUGGAGUUAACUGUCGGGGGAGGAGCCAGGGCAGUGGCCUAGUUUCACAAAUGGGGGCACCCUGCAGCUACCCACUAAGCGGGGGGCCAAGGUACCCCGACGCCCGCAGCCCCCCGGCCGGGUUUGCAGUCUCCAGAGAUUUCCGAAGGACUUGAACUGUUCUGCUUUGGGGCCAAUCGAUUAAACGCAGUGCUUCCGCUGACCUUUGAACUGUGUCUUGGGAGGUGGGGGCAGGCUGGGUUUCUGUGCUUGGCGGGUUUGCCUUGGCGGGAGGAAAGGGCCUCUGCAUCUCCACUCCCUCUGAUGCACAUCUUCCCUGACUCCCCCCCC